GCCCCUGAAGCAAUAUGUAAGGACGAAAAAAGAAGAAAAAGAAUUAAAGAAAAAGAAAAGUACGGAUGAAUCCAAGCGUGCCCGAUAUGUCGUCGGCUCUCUGGCCCCCCAUCCCUGUCCGUCCCCUCUCAUCUCAACUCCUCUCAACUCGUCCCGUUUGCAUCUCCACGCCCCGUGCCGGGAUCACCUGAAAUGGCCGACUACGAACAGUACACAGGACCAGGGUGGAUCGCCCGUCAGGUUGCCUCGCUCGUCUUGGCAGGUAGGAGCCGACAUAUGGGCCGCCAAGGUUCAAGUGUCCAGGACAUUAAGCUAGGUUCAUAUUUAUAUAUAUAUAUAUAUAUAUAUAUAUCCCCUUCCUCUACGCCAAGUUCUCUCUUUGAGAUCCCGUCUCUUUUUUUGGAUUCUACCCUUCUCUCCCUGCGUUUCUUGCGUCCUCCUCUUCUCUCUUUUUUCUUUCUUUUUCUUGCACCUAUAUCCGCGCGCCUGCUCGCUGCGUCACAUUCCUUCUUCUACGUCCAGGCCGACGAUCUUCUCCCCUGUCCGUGACACUUUGAUCCCAAGCUCAACAGCUCAGCCUCACUCAACAUACCCUGCGCUUUGUCGUCAACUGCAAACCCUUAGACCUCUGA